AUGGUUCACGGUAGUCUAGGAAGUGCCAGGGAUUGGAAGUACGCUGCCGAGCAGUUUGUUUCAAAGCUCCCUAAUAAAGAGAAGAAGGCCAUAAGAGGCAAGAAGUUGAAGCAAGAGGAGAAGUAUAUGUGGGCUGUUGUUAAUGGAGUCAGAGAAGGUGUGGUUGGGAACUUCAGGGUUGAACCACCUGGAUUGUUCCGAGGUCGUGGAGAGCAUCCAAAGAUGGGGAAGCUUAAAAAACGCAUACGUCCUAGCGACAUCACUAUAAAUAUUGGAAAGGAUGCACCAAUUCCAGAGUGUCCUAUCCGUGGUGAAAGCUGGAAAGAAAUAAGACAUGACAAUACUGUGACAUGCCAGCAGUACCCUGAAAGGGCUAAGUGA